GGCGUGUCGCCAGCCACAGUUUGCUCUAGAUAACAGCAGACAGAAGCAACUCAGCCACACGUAUAGCUGUCAGUCGCAACGAAUAUUAACCCUCGAACCUCGUCCAGGCAGUCACUUGCUUAAACACACCACAACAAACCCAUGAUUCUCCGCAAGUACACUACUUGCGCCCCUCUACCGCCAGCGCGGAAGCGGCAACGAGGGGCAGGACCUAUUCACGACAUAACCAGCCAGGCCUGAUCCAGCCAUGUCCGCCAACUAUUGGGAGUCGACGCAGCGCCGUCACUGGACCUUUACCAAGGAGGAACUCGCAGCCGCACGCCAGAAGCUGGAAGACGAUAACCAGGAGCUUGUGCGCAUGUUCCCACUGCCACAGAUUCGCCAUCUCUCCAUCUUCUUCAACCAGCUCAUGAUCCGUCUUAGCAAGCGAAUCCAGAUCCGACAGCAAUGCAUGGCAACGGCCCAGGUCUAUCUCAAACGCUUCUACUCUCGCGUCGAGAUCCGCCGCACGAACCCGUACCUCGUCGUCACCACAUGCGUAUACCUGGCCUGCAAGAUCGAGGAGGCACCCCAGCAUAUCCGGCUCGUCGUCACCGAAGCCCGCACGCUCUGGGGCGACUUCAUCUCUCUCGAUGCCAGCAAGCUCGGCGAGUGCGAGUUCAUGCUCAUCAGUGAGAUGAGCAGCCAACUCAUGAUCCACCAACCGUACCGCACGUUACAAGCGCUACGCGGCGAGCUCAACAUGACGGAGGAGGAUUCGCAGCUGGCGAGGUCCAUUAUCAACGACGCUUUCAUGACUGAUCUGCCGGUGACGUGUGCACCUCACACCAUUGCUCUGGCGGCGAUAUUGUUGGCGCUGGUUCUUAGGCCGAAUCAAGGGCCUGGCGCGUCUGCCUCUGGCGCGGCGGCUGGUCUGGCAGCGGCACAGGCCGCACUGAGCCAGGCGCGAGGGCUGCCUUCCCCGUCGCCACUGGGCUCGUCUUUCAGUAACCCACUCAUCGGUUCCUCUCCAUUGCCCUCGCCGAGCCUGCUGCAGCCUGGCGUCGCCAACAAGGGCCAGCUGGGUGAUAGGCUCACCCGGGUCCAGCAGUUCGCGGCCUGGUUGUCGGACAGCAAUCUGGACAUUCCCUCCAUGGUCGAUGCCACGCAGGAGAUUAUUUCUUUCUACGAGUGUCAGGAGGCGUACAACGAGAAAUUGACAAAGGAGCAGAUCAACAGGUUUGUCAAGGCUCGAGGAUUGGACAAGUAGGGCACGCUCAAUCAAAGUUCAAAGUAACACGGCCUUGUACUCGCGACCAGCCAGCCGCAGUGGGCUGGUAUCCGAGGUAUGGGUGCACCUGGGCCUGCACUUUGGUGGGAGAUUAAGCGACAGAUGAUACUCUGCUCUUUGCCGAGAGACAAAACUCGCAGAGACGCACUCUGUCAAUGUUAGUCACAUUUUGCCAAAGACAAGCCAGUGAACGGCCAAGCAGACA